AGAUUGGGCACUGUUAGGACGUAAUGAUCCUGAGGGAGCCACACAAAAGGAAAUGCUCAUCAGUGACCCUUUGAAAACAGCAGGCACGGUACAGACGCAUUCUCCCACAGGCUGGUCCCAGUCAGAGAACAGGUGUGAGUGGUCAAACGGGUGUUAGUGCAGAGACUGGGUGUGAGCAUGGAGAACAGGUGUGAGCGGCCAGAGAAUAGGUGUGAUUGUGGAGAAAAAGGGAGCGGUCGAGAACAGGUGUGAGCAUGAAGAAUAGGUAUGAGCCCUUGAACAUGUGAGCACAGAGAACAGGUGGGAGCACAGAGGAUAUGUGACUGUGGAAUAGUUGUGAGUGGCCAGAGAAUAGACCUGAGUGUGGAGUAGGGGUGAGCAUGGAGCAUAGGUGGGAGUGGUCAGAAAACAGGUGGGAGUGUGGAGAAGAGGUGGCAGUGAUCACAGAACAGGUGGCAGUGGUCAGAACAGGUGGGAGCGUGGAGGACAGGUGGCAGUGGUCAGAGAACAGGUGGGAGCAUGGAGAACAGGUGGGAGUGUGGAGAACAGGUGGGAGUGGUCAGAACAGUGGGAGCGGGGAGAAUAGGUGGGAGUGUGGAGGACAGGUGGGAGCGUGGAGGACAGGUGGCAGUGGUCAGAGAACAGGUGGGAGUGUGGAGGACAGGUGGGAGUGGUCAGAGAACAGGUGGCAGUGGUCAGAACAGGUGGGAGUGUGGAGGACAGGUGGGAGUGGUCAGAGAACAGGUGGGAGCGUGGAGAACAGGUGGGAGCGUGGAGGACAGGUGGGAGUGUGGAGGACAGGUGGGAGCGUGGAGGACAGGUGGCAGUGGUCAGAGAACAGGUGGGAGCGUGGAGGACAGGUGGCAGUGGUCAGAGAACAGGUGGGAAUGUGGAGGACAGGUGGGAGUGGUCAGAGAACAGGUGGGAGUGUGGAGAACAGGUGGGAGCGUGGAGAACAGGUGGGAGCGUGGAGGACAGGUGGGAGUGUGGAGGACAGGUGGCAGUGGUCAGAGCAGGUGGGAGCGUGGAGGACAGGUAGCAGUGGUCGAAGAGCAGGUGGGAAGCGCAGCAGCCUCACAGGGGAGACUGGCGGCUCCCACUCGGCCAGAGCCCUGUGCCGAGUCGCCUCUCAGCACCCCGCUCGACCCUGGCAGCCCAGCGCACUUGGCAGGGUUCAUGUGUGCCAAAGUGCCAGUUCUCAGGGCUCACCCUGGAGAUUUCAGUGUUUGUUCCUUAACAUAAGACUUUCCCAUGGUUGAAAGUUUUCAUCUGCACAUCUUGUGAAUUCUUGAUCAUCCAAAGUUCAGUCAACAAGCCAAGAGUUUUCCACAAAACACAGUAUCUGUCAAUGCCCAGGACUGAACAUGUUUAUUUUCAUGCCAACACAUUCUUUUCAGAAUUCACUAAAACCUAACACAUUCAUAGAAUAACUACUUUCUAAUUCCAAGGAAUUUUUCCUUCCGGACUUGUUUUUUUCUUUCCUUUCUUUCUCAGUGGACCAGGAGUUGGAUGUCCUAAGGGCAUUUUUAGAGAGGGUAAAAGCCCACACAUGGGGUUUGUUUUGUUUUUUUCUUCAAGCCAAGGAAUUAAGUGGCCUGGAAGACAGGCCAAUUCAUUAUGGGCUCUCGCCAGAUUUGAAGGGGGAAAAGGGAGAGAAACAACAAGC